CAAUCGGCAUCAAUUAUCGCUCCUUUGCUAGCUUCAUUUCAUACUGAAUAUUGGCUAAAACGAAAAUGGUAUAUGGCCUGUGAUUAUGAUACAAACAAAUGUGAUUUAGGAUUCCACUCGUUUCCUUAUCAUUAUCGUUAUAUAAAAGUGGGAUCUUCUAUACAAACAACUACCACAUGCAAUAACGAAUUCUUAGCACUGUAAGUUGAUGAUUUUGUGUACCAAAGUACCAUCUAGAAUGGAUUUUACACAUUGAUUCUUGGUGUAGCAUUAUAAGUAGCGGCGGCGCCAGGAAUUUAGACUAAGAUGAGCUAAGGCUCUCUGAAUUUUGACCAGGGUGGACUCGGCCUCACUGAAUUCUGAGUAAUGUAGUCCAGAAAAUUCUUUUCUGCGUGGGCUCAUAAUAUUCUGGCGUUUAGUGGCGCAGCCCGUAAUUAUAAGCACGUAGAAAUAAUAACAGUUAAUUAUUCAAAAUCCUAGAGGCUAAAAUCUAGUGUCCUUGAUUUUCUGUCAAUCCCGCUGAUCAUUUUUUUGUAAGCAGUAAACAUUCCAUUCCUAAUCUCAGAUUCUUUGCUACAUCAUUCUUAACCUUUGCAAAAAAUUCGUUUCUAAGAGAACUCAAAAACGAGACCGUCCACUCGAAAAAGCAUCAAGUCUCUUGCCUUAAGAGAUGAAGCCUUGUUUCACACAGCAUUCGAACGGCCUUGAAGCGGAGAACAAAGUUAUAACUGCAGAUUUCCGAAUUUUUGCUGAUGGCUCUUGAAGACUCAGUUUUCUGGAAAACCAGUUUUCAGAAACUCAUACAUUUUUGAUUAAAAUAAGAUAUCUCGCAGCUCUACAUGAUCUUUCUUUGCAAAGUUAUAGAAUUCACACGAAAAGCGCUAAAUGUUCACUGUCGGCUCAAACCUUCGGAAAUAAGGAAAAAAUUAAUUUAGGGCUUUUCGUGUGAAUUCUAUAACUUUGCAAAGAAAGCUCAUGUAGAGCUGUGAGAUAUCUUAUUUUAAUUGGAAAUUUACGAACUAUAAUCAUGUCUCAUUAAGAAAGGUUUUGGACAUUUUUUUGAGUUUCUGAAAACUGAGUCUUCAAGAGCCAUCAGCAAAAAUUCAGAAAUCUGCAGUUAUAACUUUGUUCUCCGCUUCAUGACCGUUCGAAUGCUGUGUGAAACAAGGCUUCAUCUCUUAAGGCAAGAGACUUGAUGCUUGUUCGAGUGGAGGGUCUCGUUUUUGAGUUCUCUUAGAAAUGAAUUUUUUGCAAAGGUUAAGAGCGAUGUGGAGAAGUUCAAAGACACGUUAUCAUAUGCAGUUUGACACGCUGAUUCAGAAAACCUCUGUUUCAAAACUGCAAAAUUUAACUAGAAAACACUACAUGCAAAACAUCGGAAGUAUAAGUUUUUCCGAUUUUCGGAUACUUCUCAGUAUUUCACAAUUUUCAUCAAGAAGGAAAGAUCGUAAAGCAAAAUAAAUGUGAUAUUCGGAUUCAGCUCGAUUUCCUCUAUCAGAAUAUGUCUGGUAAAGUCAAAACAAAGAAUAGUACUUAAACUUUGAAUUACGGGCGGCUUAUAUUGGGCCAGUUUUCGUAAGAAAUUGUUACGAGUCCUUUCUCUUCUUAUUCAUAUCGGAACUUUUGAAAGAAAAAUUUUAUAUAUUACUUUUUGCUUUGAUCCGUUUAUGACUAUUCAAUAAAUCGGCAAGAUCAAUCAAAGACGACAACUCGUUUGAUUAGAUUGCGAAAAGAAACAUGAACCAUCGCUUGUUUGACUAUAGCAUUUUGUUUCCCAUUUUGUACGUAAAUUAAUUAAGAGAAAUUAUAGAUUUCAUUAAACUUCUUUUCUUUUUCUCAUUGUAACAAUCAUUUCGUAAAGACUGCGCGGCUUGGUCACCUAACUCUGCUACCGAAGUGAAAUUCCGUCACGGAUUUUUUGCAUUUUGAUUGUCGUACAGCUGUCGAAUGACAAUUCGCCCAGAGCUCUGCGUCAUUUGAAAUUAAAGAGAAAAGCCUCCGAAAGAUUUCCAGAUGUUUCGGCAAAUCUUUCGUUGAAAAACUGCGAUAAAAAUAGAAAUACUUACUUUUCUGGAUAAGUCUUGAAAAGUAGGAUUUUGUAUUUUAUCGGAGUUUUUGAGCGAAAGAUUGUGCAGAGUACGGAAAUAUUCCGAAAUCUUUAGCAGACUUUUCUCUUUAAUUUCUAAUGUCACAGAGCUCUGGGUGACUCGUCAUUUGAAAACUGAAAGAGAAUCAAAAUACAAAAAAUCCCUGACAGAAUAUCACUCAGGUAGCAGAGUUUCUGGCCAAGCCGUGCAGUAGAUUGAAAACUGGAAAACAUUUAUUGUAAUAUGAGCUUGGUUAUUUGCUUAGACGGUUCAUAACUUCUGUAUUCUUUUCUUCUUUUCAAGAAAUACAGGUAAACCAAUUUCAACACCAACUCGUAUAGAAGUCGAUGAAUUGGAUGUUUGUGAUUAUAACGAACUGCGCCACACGAAAUGUCAAUAUUUUAAUGUCAAAACAUUGUACUUAGGAUAUAUGUUGGAACUUUCAAAUCCAUCGGUUUUGGACGACCUUGGCCGAACAAUCGACUUGUCGAAUUUAAAGGAGUUACGAAUGUGGCCUUAUGAUUGGUGGCCGUUUGAAACAUUCGAACGUUUGCUGGACUUAUCCCUGAAUAUUUCCUCUUUAAUGUUAAGUGCUGAUUAUCUUCUUCGCUUAAUCAAAAGUUCAGAUCAUGUUUGUCAACGUCUGGUGAUGAUUAAUGAAUUAUGUUUAUCUGGUGAUGGCAAAGUCUAG